AUGACCGAGACCGCAACCUUUACAUUGAAUGAGCCCCUCCACGUUAAUGGGGACUCGCAAACGAACGGCGUGCAUCAUGCAAAUGGAGAUUGCCAGACCAAUGGAGACCUCCAGGAUGCCUUCGUCGACCGCGUAACAGUUUCCGCCAACACACCCGACCUUGUUCCUGACCUGGUCGACCAAGUUGCCUCCCUUGGCAAAGUCGCCAGCCUGCAGGACCACACUGAUCGAACAACGCUUUUGGAAGCCGCUCGAUCACUGGUCUAUGCACUUGAGACCCCACGUGAGGCUAUGAUCAGAUACUGCUGGUCCCAGGCUACUCUUUAUGCUUCUGUGGAGACAGGUGUUGACCUGGGACUUUUUGCUAUUUUGUCCAAGGAUGAGAAGCCGAAGUCUGCUGCCGAGCUGGCCAAGGCCACAAGUGCUGACCCAGUUCUUCUUGCUCGCAUCCUCAAGCACUUAUGCGCAAUGGGAGUCAUCCUCGAAACCGGUCCUAAUGAAUAUCGCCGCACUGGAAUUUCCAUUUCAUUGAGCUUGCAACGAUACAGUGAUGCAUACCCUUGCAUGACUAACUGCAUUACCUCCGGUAUACUUGCUCUACCUGCCCAGCUCAAGAAGGACGGCUAUACCAACCCAUCAAACGGCAAGGAGUGUGCCUUCCAGCGCGGAUUCCGGACCGACCUUCACUUCUUCGAGUUCAUGAAGGAGAACCCAGAGGCUGCUAGCCAGUUCAACAACCACAUGUCUGCCUACCACCAAGGACGUCCUAGCUGGAUGGAUGUCGGUUUCUACGACGUGCCCAGCUUAUUCUCCAAUGUUACACAGGAUGAUGUUCUCCUCGUCGACGUCGGCGGCAGCGUGGGCCAUGACCUCUCAGAGUUCAAGCGGAAGUGGUCUGAUGCUCCUGGACGCCUAGUGCUCCAGGAUCUUCCCGACGUGAUCGCUCAAGCCAAGACAGGGCAACUGCACUCCUCGAUCGAGGCAAUGGAGCAUGACUUCUUUACUGAGCAGCCUAUCAAGGGUGCUCGCGCUUACUAUAUGCACUCUGUCCUCCACGACUGGACAGAUGAUAACUGCCGCAAGAUCUUGAAGGGUCUCGUCGAUGUCAUGAAGCGCGGACACAGCAAGAUAUUGAUUAACGAGAAUGUCAUCCCCGAUACCAACGCAUACUGGGAGACGACCAGUCUCGAUAUUAUCAUGAUGGCCGAUUUUGCUUCAACCGAGCGGACUGAAGCUCACUGGCACCAACUGGUGGGAUCUGCUGGGUUGAAGAUCACGAAGAUUUGGAGUGCCCAGAGAGGGGUCGAGAGUCUUAUCGAGUGCGAAUUGGCAUAG